AUGGCUCGGAGGAUGAGCAUCGACGAGCUGGAGGACCAGCUCCUCUGUCCCAUCUGCUUGGAGGUCUUCAAGGACCCCCUGAUGCUGCAGUGUGGGCAUUCGUACUGCAAGUCCUGCGUGGUGUCACUCUCCGGAGAGCUGGACGGGCAGUUCCUGUGCCCCGUGUGCCGCCAAACUGUGGACUGCAGCGCCUCGCCACCCAACGUCACACUAGCCCGCGUCAUCGAGGCACUGCAGAGCCGGGGCGAGGCAGAGCCCACCCCGGAGUCCUGCCCAAUGCACAACAACCCCCUCAGCCUCUUCUGUGAGGCCGACCAAGAGGUGAUCUGCGGGCUGUGCGGCACCAUUGGCAACCACCGCCAGCACAAGAUAACCCCCAUCUCUACCACAUACUGCCGGAUGAAGGAGGAGCUGUCUGUACUGCUGACUGAUGUCCACCAGUACAAGAGGAACCUGGAUGAACACUUCAACAAGCUCAUCAACAACAAAAGUCGCAUCACGAACGAGGCAGAUGUCUUCAAGUGGGUGAUCCGGAAGGAGUUCCAGGAGCUGCACAGGUACAUCGAUGAGGAGAAGGCCACCUUCCUGGAGAGCAUUGAGGGGAAGGCAGCCCAGCUCAUCACUUCCAUUGAGUCCCAGGUCAAGCAGACGUCAGACACCCUGCAGAGGCUUAAGGAGAUGCAAAGCUCUCUGGAGGCACUCAGCAAUGAAAGCCAGCUUGAUUUCAUCCGGCUGCGUCACAGCUGCCCACGUCUUUCCAGGUCAGAGCUCCCCAGCCUGCACCCCAGUGAUGGCAUCUUUAGCCCCGUGUCCUUCAAGCCGUGUUUCCACCAAGAUGACAUCAAGAUGACUGUGUGGAAGCGCCUGCACCGCCGCGUCCUGCCAGCUCCGGAGACGCUGAAACUGGACCCGGUGACAGCACAUCCCCUCCUGGAGCUCUUCAAGGGCGACACGGUGGUGCAGUGUGGGCUCUACCAGCGCCGGGACAGCAACCCCAAGCGUUUCAACUCCAGCAACUGCAUCCUCACCUGCAAGGGCUUCUCCUGCGGCCAGCACUACUGGGAGGUGAUUGUGGGCACCAGGAACCACUGGCGUGUGGGCAUCAUCAAGGGCACAGUCAGCCGCAAAGGAAAGCUGAGCAAGUCUCCUGAGAACGGCGUAUGGCUCAUCGGCCUGAAGGAAGGGAAGGUCUACGAGGCCUUCAGCACGCCGCGGGCCACCCUGCCGCUGACCACCCGGCCCCAGCGCAUUGGCAUCUACCUGCACUACGAGAAGGGCGAGCUGACCUUCUACAAUGCUGACAACCCUGAUGAGCUCAGCCCCAUCUACACCUUCCAGGCGGAGUUCCAGGGCCAGCUCUACCCCAUUGUGGACCUGUGCUGGCCGGAGCGAGGGCCCUACUCCCCUCCCAUCAUCCUGCCUGCACCUGCCGCGAGGCAGCACUCCCGGGCACCAUACAACCAUCCUGCCCCAGAGGAACCCAUGAAGCCAUAGCCUAGCCAGCGGGAUGAGGCUGUGGCCAGGGAGGGCUGUGGCCAAGUCCCGAUGGCCUGCAGCAGAGGGGAGUCACGCUGCUUGCAGGGUUGUCCUGAGGCGGAAGCUGUGGUACUGCAGAGUAAGCUUCGGCAGCAGAGCAGGGUCCUUCCCCUCUCCUCUUAAGAGCAUAAAAUGUCAGCUUUGAUCUCUGAAUCCCCAUCCCCAGUCUGGCAGGCUGACCCAAAAGCCUAAAACACAUCUGGCCUGUGAAGAUCUCUCUAUGGAAAGGAGCGCCUGCCUCAAAAGCGUGAGCCAUGAGCGUCC